AUGGAGGAGCUUAAUUAUGACGAGGAAUCUUUAAAAGCUGAGCUACAUGCAUUACUUCCAUUGAUGACCGAAGAGCAAGCCCUAGUAUACAAUGAAAUUACUACAACCAUCGAAAGAGGACAAGGAGGUGUAUUUUUUCUAUAUAGACAGGGUGGGACUGGGAAAACAUUUAUGUGGAAUAUAUUAUGUGCAAGUCUAAGAUCAAAAGGUGAAAUUGUUCUACCUGUUGCAUCAAGUGACAUAGCGUCUUUGUUAAGUCCUAAGGCUUUAGAAAGAAGUUUACGCGAUGUAAUUCGUUGUCGAAAUGGUCAACCAUCUGAAUUAAUUUUUGGAGGCAAGGUUGUUGUCUUUGGUGGUGAUUUUAGGCAAGUUUUGUCGGUAAUCCCAAAAGUUGGUGAUGGAAAGAUUGGAGGACCUAACGAUGGAGAAGCUACUAUCGAUAUACCUGAAGAUUUAUUAAUAAAAGAAGCAUUUGAUCCAAUAGCUGCAAUUGUUGAUUGCAUAUAUCCUGGAAUUCGUGAGGGUUCAACUGAUAAUUCGAGAGGAGAGGAGAGAACGUACUUGAGUUGGGAUUCAAUCGAUAAAUCUGACAGUAAUUAUGAUGGCAAUGACGAUGCAUUUUCAAUUGAAUUUCUCAACUCAAUACGUGCAUUUGGAGUUCCAAAUCAUAAUUUACUGUUAAAAGUUAGUGAUCCAAUUAUGAUGCUCAGAAAUAUGGAUCAGUCAGCAGGCUUCUGCAACGGUACACGUAUAUUAGUUGAUCAUCUUGGUUACCGAAUUUUACAAGCAACUGUAAUAUUCGGAUCAAACAUUGGUUACAAGGUAUUCAUUCCAAGGAUUACACUUACACCGACGGAUAAUUCUAAUAUCCCAGUUGCUCUACAAAGAAGACAAUUUCCUGUGUCCUUGUGCUUUGCGAUGACGAUUAAUAAGAGUCAAGGGUAG